AUAUGCAACCUUCACAGAAUAAUAAUUUAAUUAAUACCGAAAAUAACCUUAAUUUUAUUGAAAACGAAAAACUUCAACCAAAAAUUCAAAAUGAUCUGAUAUCACGUGGAAUAGGUGUUUUUCCUAGUGAAUACAGUGAACCUAUACCCAGUGCAAUAGAAGAUGAUAACCAUCGUUUGAUACGUCGCUCGAGUAAGUCAAACGACGAUAUUACAUCACCUUCGCUCCCACCAUACAACAUUGGUCAAUCCGGAUAUGACUUAACAGAAGACGAUGAUGAUAAUGAAGAGAACGAGUUUUCUACUCAAGUGUUUAUCCGAUCUUCUUAUCAAUUAUUGAUUGGUGCUAUAUACGUGUUAAUCAUUAUAAUUGUAUCAUCAGUAUUUAUUUAUUAUGCUGAACGUGGUGAAUUUGAUACCGAAAAUUUGACUUGGUAUCGUUAUAAUGAAAAAGGGCAGCCAGAGCGUUAUGGUGACGUUAUUCCAGUUACUAGUGUAGGAAAAUUAAUUGCUGGUUUAACCAUGUCUCUCGGUAUUUUGGCUAUCGCCUUACCAACAACUAUAAUUGGUUCUAACUUUAUGGAUGAAUGGUCCCUUCGACAGCGGUCGAAAGUUCUAAAAAGGCUACAUAAAUCACAUAAAUCACGGGACAAAACAUUUUCCAAACUUAACAGUAUAGCGAGGUCAAAAGCCCUUCAAACCGAAAAUACUACAAUACUUGAACUUAUAUUAGAAGUUCAAGACCGUUUGGCUGAAAUAAAUCCUCCAGACUAUUAUCUGAGAUACAAAGCCUAUAAAGAAAAGCAUAAACAAGCUUGUGAAAGAAUAACUGAAUUAGAGAACCAAUUAGCAAAACAGAAACGUAUUACAAACAAUUUUGAUAUUUUCUAUAGAAAAUUAAAAAAAUCUGAUGAUAGUAACAUUCCAAAAGUGGAUAAUGAUUUUAACAUUGUAAAUGAUAAGAAAACAUCAAAGUUUCCACAUUUCAAGAAAUCAAGAACUUUUUCAAAUUUUGGGGACACUUAUACUACAUUCCAUACAAAUCCUAUCUACGGUGGAAGUAGAAAUAUUGACCCUGAUAACCAAUCAGAAACAAAGCCAAAGAUUGCAAAGAUAUUUUCAAUUGAUACUCUUAAGAAAAAAAUUGCAAGAACUUUUUCUAUUGAACGUGAUGCUAAAAGUUCAAAUCAUAGAAAGCAUCCUAUUGAUAAAAUUGAAAUCAGUGCGCCUGUAGAAAUUCGCCCAACAUUCAAACCUAUUACUGACACUAGUAGUAUAACUAGUGCACAUUCAGGCAUUACACCACCGCCUAAGGCAAAACGCCCUCAAUAUCGCAGAAAUAACAGCUCUCCUGAAGUUACCGUAAGGAGCCCAUCCGCAGAUGUAUAUUCUGGUGGCUCUGUAAAUCUAGUUGUCAAUAAUAAUAGGCAAAGAGGGAUUUUCAUUCAGGAUACUAAUUCUAAUUACCCGAUUCCUCUUGAUAAUAGAAGGUCGCCACGGAUUAUUAAGGUCGAUCAGGGCGAAUUACAAAAGAGCACUAAUCUGUCUAGCCAUAAUAGUAAGGAGAGAGAAAUGGAUCGGAUUGAAAUCCUAGUGGACAAUCAAUAA